GGCACACACACCUAUAUCUAUCUAUCUAUCGAUCUGUCUGUCUUUAGAUAUAGAGUCCAUUCGACCAUUACAUCCCAGCACUCGAAGCCACAGUCAACGCUACACCGAUAUCUCACACAACACAACAGCCGCCAAUAUGUGCGGUUCCAAAGCACCGAGAGACUCCAAGACUCCAACGCCAUACUACAACUAUGCUGCGCAGUCACAGCAACAGUAUGGCGCCUACACCCACGGCUACCACGAGUCCGCACGCAUGAGCCCGAACCAACCGCCGCCGCCAACCUAUACCGAAGCCAUCGACGAGUCCAUCCACUCCAGCCACAAGACGGCCGAAGUCGCCUAUCCCUACCCCUACCCGCAACCACUCCCGUCACCAGUCUCGCCCCGGGGCUCUCUUUCUCCCUCCCAGUCAUAUCUCCCAAGACCGCUUUCGCCAGCCCUCCCUCUCUCCCCUUCCCAGUCCCAGCUUCCGACCCCAGUUUCACCAGGCCGGUCUCUGUCUCCGUCGCAGUCGCGUAUCCCCAAACCCAUUGCCAUCCCCGCGACCCUCGCGCGGUACGGCUCGCCCUUUCUGCGCGCCUACCCGCCCUGUCUCGCGCAGUACCACAUCUCGCCGACGCUGUUCCUCUCGUUCCUCGACACGCUGAAUCGCGUGGCCGUCAAGUCUCCGCCGCUGAUGGCGCUCAGUCUGGCCGGGAACAUCGUGGGCACGGUCCCGGAGCCGACGGCCCAGAUCGUCGGCGGCGUGGUCAACCUCGCGGCCGAGGUGUCCUCGGGGGUGAUCCAGCGCGGACGCACCGAGAUCGAGCUGCGGCGCGCCAACACCGACAUCUUCGGCCCGCGGGGCCUGAAGGUCGAGAUCGCAAAGACCGAGGCCCUGGCCAAGCUGGUCGGCAUGGACGGCGUCUUCGACGACGACGGCAAGCUCAACAGGAAGGCGCGGCUGUUGCUGCCCCUGGACGGCGUCGAGGCAGACGAUGGCGCAGGAGGCGACGUGAGCGGGCAGCAGCGGAGGCUGGACGCCAUGAGGCCGUGGAUCGCCGAGCUGGACAUCACGCCGCUGCCGGAGAUCGACGUGCCCACCAACGCCAUGAGCCGGCUGAACGUCAAGAUCAACGAGCGGGACCGGCGCAACGGCGAGAAGAAGCUGAUCGAGAAGCGGAACAAGGUCCAGACCCAGUACGAGAAGGACGCCGGCAAGGCCCAGCGCGAGUUCGACCGCGAAAUGGCCAAGAUCAACAAGGACCUCGACAAGCACCUGCGCGAGGUGGACGACAAGCUGGCCGAGGCCACGCGGAAGCAGAAAUCCCGAGACGUCGCCAAGCUGGAACGGGACCGGCAGAGGGUCUUGGACAGGUACGACCGAGAGAGGAGGAAGGAGGAGAAGGACUUCCAGAAGGAGAUGAGGGAGGCCGAGAAGGACAGGAUGAGCGACGACAAGGAGGAGAAGAACAUGCGCAAGCUCAACUGGCUGGUCAUAAGGGAGCUGAAUGCCUGGAGCGGGGAUGGGCCCAAUCCGUAUCUCCCAACGCCCUAGUCAAGGCGGUUUUCUUGACGGGUAUAGAGAAAAUGUAUAGUACUCAUGGAGUUUCCUGGCGCGAUUCAGCAUCCUCUGC